UUUGUACAGAGAAUUCGAGCAAGAUCGACCCAGGCUGCCCGCUGCCAUGGCCGCCGCCCUCCUGCUCUGCAUGCUUCUCCUCGCCUUACCGCUCCUCUUCCUCAAGUCCAGGCUCUCAUCGCCUCGUCGUGGCCCAGCCCCAGGCGGGACGGAGGCGCGGCUGCCCCCGGAGCCAUGGGCGCUGCCGGUCAUCGGCCACCUGCACCACCUCGCCGGCGCGCUCCCGCACCGCGCCAUGCGAGACCUGGCACGUCGGCACGGCCCGCUCAUGAUGCUCCGCCUCGGCGAGCUCGACGCCGUGGUGGCCUCGUCCCCGGCCGCGGCCCGCCAGAUCAUGAAGACCCACGACGCCGCCUUCGCGUCCAGGCCGCUGACCUCGAUGCAGCGGCUGGCCUACGGCGACAACGAGGGCCUCAUCUUCGCGCCCUACGGCGCCGCGUGGCGGCAGCUCCGCAGGAUCUGCACCGCGGAGCUCCUCAGCGCCCGCCGCGUCGCCUCCUUCCGCCCCGCCCGCGAGGAGGAGCUCGGCCGCCUCCUCCGCUCCGUCGCGGCCGUCGCCGCAGCGGCGGCGGCGGCCUCGCAGCCGGUGAACCUGAGCGAGCGCCUGUCGGCGUUCGUGGCGGACUCCACGGUGCGCGUCAUCGUCGGCGGCCGGUUCAAGCGGCGGGACGCCUACCUGCGGAUGCUGCAGGAAGGGCUGGAGCUCGUGCCCGGGAUGACGCUCCCCGACAUCUUCCCUUCCUCGCGCCUCGCGCGGCUCGUCAGCGGCGUCCCCCGCCGGAUCAUGCGCCAUAGCCGAGACAUGAAGCGGUUCAUGGACACCAUCAUCCAGGAGCACCAGGAGAGCAGAGACUCCGGCGGCGAAGAAGACCUGCUCGACGUGCUCCUCAGACUCCAAAAGGAAGCCGACUCCCAGUACCCACUCACCACGGACAACAUCAAGACCGUCAUGCUGGACAUGUUCGGGGCGGGGAGUGAGUCGUCGGCGACGACGCUGCAGUGGGCGAUGGCGGAGCUGAUGCGGAACCCGCGAGUGAUGCGCAAAGCGCAACACGAGGUCCGGCAACAACUCGCCGGCCACGGCAACAAGGUGACCGAGGCAGAUCUAACAGAACUACGCUACCUGCGGCUGGUCGUCAAGGAGACGCUGAGGCUGCACCCGCCGGCGCCGCUGCUGCUGCCGCGGAGGUGCGGGAGCGCGUGCCGGAUCCUGGGCCUGGACGUGCCGGAGGGCGCCAUGGUGAUCGUGAACGCGUGGGCCAUCGGCAGGGACCCGGCCCACUGGGCCGAGCCCGAGGAGUUCGCGCCGGAGCGGUUUGAGGGCUCCGACGGGGGGAGGGAUUUCAGGGGGGCGGACUUCGAGUUCCUGCCGUUCGGCGGCGGGCGGCGGAUCUGCCCCGGCAUGGCGUUCGGGCUGGCGCACGUCGAGCUCGCGCUGGCGGCGCUGCUCUUCCACUUCGACUGGGAGCUUCCCGACGGGGUGGCCGCCGAGGAGCUCGACAUGGCGGAGGCGUUCGGGGUCACCGCGCGGCUGUGGUCCGACCUCAUGGUGGUCGCCGUCCCCCGUGUCCCGGUUCCCACGGAGUAAUUGAAUAUGCUUUAUCUUUGUUCGUUGACUCCGAGCUGUUGAGUCGUGGUUGCAAUCCCAUGUCAGUACUUUCUCCG